AUUGUCGAAAAAUUAAAAUGUUUGUUAAAUCGAUGUAGCCAAUCAAAUUAGUGAUCGGUUGCCCUGGCGGUGGCUGAAGCGGGAAGUAUGGCGGCGACGGAGGAAGCUAGUUUUUAUCAUCCUGUCACUCAAAUGGCAAAACCCGAGGGUCCUGGUUUGGUUGAUCUUUCAUGUCAAGGUAUCCACAAGCUGGAUCCGAACUUCUGUUCACCGGACACACGCACUCUCAUCUUGGACCAGAACCAUAUCAUCAAACUGGAACACCUGGAGAAGAAUGUAGCUAUUCAGCAGCUCUCUGUGGCUUGUAAUCGGCUAGUUCGUAUGAUGGGUGUGUCUAAACUUACAAACCUGCGGGUCUUGAACCUCCCAAACAAUAGCAUUGGCUACAUCGAGGGAAUGAAAGACCUGGUGCAUCUUGAGUGGCUAAACCUAGCAGGAAACAACAUCAAGGUCAUUGAGCAGUUAAACAGCUGUAUAGCACUUCAACAUCUGGACCUGUCUGACAACAACAUUUCUCACACGGGUGACCUUUCAAAACUCUCUGCCUUAAAGACACUUCUUCUCCAUGGCAACAUUAUAACAAGUCUGCGUUCUUCCCCCGUCCAUUUUCCUCUAAACCUCUGUGUUCUCUCAUUGGCUGAAAAUGAAAUCCGGGACCUCGCUGAGGUGUCCUACUUAGCACCUCUCCACAACCUUGAACAGCUGUCUAUCAUGAACAACCCAUGUGUGAUGGCUACAUCCUCAUUGCCUGGAUGUGAUCAUCGCCCGUAUGUUGUGAGCUGGUGCCUCAAUUUGAAGGUGCUUGAUGGAUAUGUGGUGACACAAAAAGAAGGGCUUAAAGCAGAGUGGUUGUACAGCCAAGGCAAAGGACGUACAUUUCGUCCAGGACAACACAUGCAGCUAGUCCAGUACCUGGUUUCCACAUGUCCCUUGACCUCCUCAACCUCACUGCAGUCUGCUGAGGAUGCCAAGCUGGAGAGGAUCCUCAGCAAACAGAGGCAGCACCAGAAACAGCUUCUCCAGGAAGGUCAGGACGACUCCUCAAGUCCUCUGCCCCCGACUCAGCUGGAUAUGGAUCAGAUCUGGAGUGAUCAGCACUGGAACGAUCCAGCCCAUAAAAAUCUGAAUGUCAUCAGUCAACCAGAAGCUUCUGAACCAGUUGUCCAGAUGAAUACUUGGAUGUCCAAUACAUCCUCAGAACAUGUCCUAGGUGCGGUUUACGCCCAUUCUCGUGAUGGGGACAGUCUGGUUCUAGAAGACAUGCAGACAGAUGAGGAGAAACUUCACGGGAGCCUGCUGUCCUCAGAGUCAGCCUUCCUACCCGUAAACUCUGUUGUCCGCUCACCGUCGCCCGUUGACAGUGAAGAGGAAGAGCUCGACGAACCCGAUUCACUGGCUCCUCCAAAUCCAGCCCGAUCUCAUCCUCACAAAGUGGAGACAGCAACAAGUUUUCACACCGUAGAGAAAGGAGAAAACCUAGAAACUGACAGAAUGGUUCAUUUGCAAGACAGCAAGGCCACAAAUGCCCCAGAGGCAGGUACUGAGCUGAGAGGACCAAGUGCUAUGGUGGCAGAGUGCCAUCCACAUUCAGCAGCUGUGAAGAUUCAGGCCUGGUGGAGGGGACACUGGACUCGACAGCAGCACUCCCAGGCCAAAGAAGUGCGCUGUGAGAUUCGCCUACGCCGACUACAGGAUCACAUCGUCUACCUGACGGCAGAGCUGGAGAGGGUGCAGCAGCAGCAGCAGGAGGAGAAGUUGCAGAGGAUGAUCCAGGAAGAAGCUGUGAAGUUUCUCUGGAAGCAGCUUCAGGCCAUGAUGGAGUGGCAGUGUUCAGUGAAGGAGCAGCUCAGCUGUUUAUCCCCCAUGCAAAACAUCACUGCUGGUCCCAUUCGUGCCAGCCCUAAAACCACAGCUCUUCCUAUGCCAAGCGAGGUCUCAAUCCCCGAAUCAGGCUUUCACUCUCCUGGUGACCAGCAGGGGGUGUUGGAAGACAGUAUGAGCAGCGCCGCUACAGGCGGCUCCCCUGAAACAGUGCGAACUUUGCAACCUACAAGCUCACCUGGCUCCGGAGCAGAUGGAGACAGUCAGGACAGCAGCUUGCUGGAUCAGUAUCUCUCCUCCGUGCAGCGCCAGGAAGAGGAGGAGGAAGCCGGAGAAAGCUGCCCUUCACUGCUCUCUCCGGCUCAUGGCUCAGAGGCAUCUUCCUGUCCAGAUGUAGUGGGUUAAAGAAAAGAGAACACGCUGCUGAAGACAGAGUUGUGAAAAAAAGUUAAGGAAUAAAAAAGGCUUCUAUUAGUUUUGUACUCGUUAUUAGCAUUAAUGAGGAGGUGCUAAGUGUUAUGUUCUGGCACUAACUCUCGAUACAUCAGAAUCUAUAUUCACAAAAGGAUAUGAGGAUAUGAGCAGUUGAAAGCACUGAGUGAAAAUAAAUCACAAUAAACCUUUCUAAAAUAUCCUGGAUAUCAUCAAUGUUUUCUGACUGAAUGACACCAGUGUUACUGAGUAACAGCUGUUAGGUUUUGAAUUGGAUAUUAAAAUGUAUUUUUGUACAAAAUAUUUAACUUUCCCGCUUUUUUGUUUUAAAUUGUUUAUUUUUGUAGAUGUUAAAUAAAAAUAUCAGUUAAACCAUAGGUUUUUGUCAGUUUUUCUAAAAUGAAAAACAAAAAAAAUGGUUAUUUGACUGACAUUAAGCAUGCUAUAUAAUGUGGUAUUUACCGUGUCUCAUGAAAAUUUUAUUUUCAUCAAAGACUUUUGAAGUAUUUCUAUACUAAGUAUUUACGUCCGCUAUAUCGCAUUUGCUGAACUACAACAUAGGAUCAGAUUUACUCACUUGAGUUAACUAAAACAGGUCCUAGCUAAUUUCCCCUGAUUUAAAAGACCUUUAAAGCAGUGGUUUUCAAGUCUAGCCCUGAGGACAGCCUGCUCUGUUAUGGCAAAAUCAAAGCAUGGUCAGACCAGAGAAAUCACCUCAAUUUGCUCUAUAGGAAUCAGAUGUUCCGUUUUGGAAUUCACCACCAUUAGACAUUUACUUUUAAAUCUGUUUAAAUGGCUAAUUCCGCAUUAAUCCCUCUUUCUCUCCUAUGUGUUACAAGCCUAACAUUAUUCAACAUGUUUCCAGACACGUCUGAACACAAUGGCAGUCGUGAUGCCUUUUCCGCAUAUAUAUUUGUUUGUGUAAAUAAUUUCUAUUACAGUAUAUCAUCAGCCAGUUUGUGUGCCACUUGAAAUCAGUUGCUGUUGAUUUUUACACAAUUUUUUUCUAACCGAACCUUUUGAAAAUAAAAUAUGUUGAAAAGUCUUA